GUCACUGUUUUUGAAGUUUGAGGCUUAAAGUCAAAACAAAAAAAAAAAUAUAAUUUCACUACUAACCACAUACAGUAGGAUUGUUUUAGGUGGAGAAAAUAUCUAUUUACUUAUGUCAUAACGCUUUUUCGUGGCAGAGAUUUUGUUAAUAACCGCCACUGAACACUAACAUUAUUGUCAUAUAAAUGAGUGUUCUGUGGACUGAGCAGCAGUCAGAUUAGGACCGUGGUCGGGAUUAGCGAGCCACUCAGCCAGCGCUCCCGCCUCCCGUCUUUCUGUCUGGGUUUCCAAACGGACAUUACUCGGCUCACACGCUCUACAAGCCCUCGUCUGUGUGGUGUGGAUUAACAUUUACAGUACAAAACAAAAAACUGAACGUUCGGGGGAGGGAGACGAUGUGCGCAUGUGCGUUGCUCUCUCACUCCUCCCUCCCCCACUCAGUUAGUUAAGCCAGCGCUAUUUUAAAGCUUCAGUCGCUGAUAGAAAAACGACAGCCGUGGUUCUUACUGUCGUGUAAAAACACACUCUGGAACAUGUUUUUCUACAGAUACAGACCUGUUACUGCCCCUAACGUUAUGAUAAUAUUAAAGUCAGAAAGCGAGAGAGACCGUGCCCUGCUCUGUGCUGUGCCUGGCUUGGGGUUUACACAGACCCAGCUGAAAAUAGGUCGGGCUGGGCUUAAGCGGCUUAGCUACGUCAGCCUAAGAUGAGAGGAAUUCACCUAAAGCCCUGCGUGGUAGGCGGGGGCCUAAAACGAGGCUGGCCUAGUUAAGCCUGAUCCUUAUUGUGUGCAGCCCAGCCUGCUUUUGUUGAGUAAGGCAGCCGAGAGGGAAGGAAUAGUGUAGGACCCAGUGGGCAUGUUAGAUGUAUUGCAGACACGUCUAAUUUAUAGCAGACAGGAGAGGACCAGUUAGAAAUGUAUAAAUAUUAGAUCAUUGGCAUAUUCCUGUCACUGUGGAGAAAAACAGAAACCUGGUUCAGAGACAACCAAAGACAAGUAAGAAGCUUGAGGAGGCUCAACGCUGGUUACUGAGGCCUGCAGGCGUUAGGCUCGACUUGGAUGGAUCCACUAUGCAACAAGAUGCCAGGCUCCUCUGCGUUUUUGUCCAGUAUGGUGGGUAAAGCUCGCUCCUCCAACUUCACUCUUUCUGAGAAGCUGGACCUGUUGAAACUGGUGCGGCCUCACAUCCGCAUCCUGGAGGAGCACACCAACAAACAUGCAGUCAUCGUGGACAAGAACAAGUGCUGGGAUAUUGUGGCAGAGCAGUACAACACGCUGGGAGGCGACAGACCCCACCGCACUGCUCAGGGCCUCAGGACACUCUACAAGAGGCUGAAGGAGUCGGCCAAGCAGGAAGUGAUGCAGCGGAGACACACCCAGCCAGAACUCAGGUCUGCCAUCUCUGAGCCAACCAGGAGAAUUAUGGAAAUGAUCCCUCACCUCUUCCAGCUCCUGCCCAUCCACGAGGACCUGACACUGCGCAGGUUAAUAUACAGUAAACACAACUCCCCCAUGGAGCAUCCUGGAAGCAGCUCUAUUCUGUCUGCACCCCAGGAUUACUCCCCAGCUGUCCCAAGUAUCACCCAUGAGGUGGUGCAGCUGGACUCUGAAGAAGAUGUAAAACCUCCGCCAGACAUCCAUGUUCUCACUAAGCACACUCGUCCAGGGCUGGACGGGGACCAGGAGCAGGAGGAGGAGGAGGAGGAGGACCAGGAAAUGGGCAGCAUCCACGAUUACGAAGCCUCCCUGUCCCCCACACCUUCUUCUAUUAACAUACCCCUGUCCACCUCUCCACUGCCCUUACGCAAUGACAUCUUUCACAACGACAUUUACCCUCACCACGAUUCUGACAGGUUCCGUCCGCUGCAUUUGGCCAAAGAGGAGCAUGAAUUAGUGUUAGCCAAUCACAGGAAAGUUGCCCUCUACCUUGAGGAGAAAAGAGAGGGGCUGAAGAGGAAGCAGAAGUUGGAGGAGGAGCUUCUGAGAGCCAAGAUUAAAGUGGAAAAAUUGAGGGCAGCCAGACUCAGACAUGGACUACCGGUUACUCUGUAACUAAUAUUGUCGUCGACUUAGGGACGAUGUCAGAAAGAAACCCAAAGAGUUUCUGGUGUCUUUGAGAAAACGUUGUGCCUCGUACAGACACCUGAUAUCUGUCAGACUUGUGUUGCCAUUUUCUUUAUGUUUAACAUGUUUAAUGUUUUGCCAUUACUCCUAUACUUUAUGGAGAGCACAUUUUUAGACCAUUAUCACCAACACUGUGACAGCUCACCGCAAAUAAAAAAAGUACAGAUUACAAAAUGGGAGCAUUUUUAGUCAGGUCCCAUUUUUUUUUACAGUUUAUUUCUUGCCCAUUUUCUUAAAUGUUGGAAUAGUUUUAGUGCCUAUAACAAAACACACAAUUUAGCAGUUUUAGUAAAAAGAAAAAAACUAGAAGUCAAAUGUGAUCAACUUAAAUUAGCAUUUCAGGUGUUUUGGUUUCAGAAAAAAACACAAAUGUUUUGGAGGUUACUGAAGCUGAAAGGGUUAGAAGGGUUACAUUUAUUAGAUGUGGUUUUGUAAUGUUUUUAUUAUUUAACUGUGUAACUACAGUGUUAAUUCUAAUGUGUGUGAUUAAUAUUUCUAUGUUCUCACUACACUUUACCUCAUCAUACGUUUAAGUGUUAAUAAAACUGUAAAUGA